AUGAACAGCAAACCAACGCUCAAACUGCUAGAGGCCAGCAUCAGCGAUCUCAAACAGUUGUUGGACGAUCGAGUCAUCACAAGUGUCGAGCUUGUUGCUCUUUACCUGCAUCGCAUUGGCAAAUACGACUGCCGCGGUCCCUGUCUUAACUCAAUAUGUUUGAUAAACCCGGAGGUUUUCGCUGAAGCUCAAGCCUCGGACGAUUAUCGUGCCUCCGGAAAGCCGCCACGACCUCUAGAAGGUAUUCCAUUUACGGUCAAAGACAGCUACAAGGUCAAGGGCAUGACUGUCGCAGCUGCAUCCCCUGCCUUUGCAAAGCUCGAAGCAACCUCCGAUGCUGCCAUCGUUGAGCUGCUUCGUAAAGCAGGAGCAGUCGUGCUUGGCAAGACCAAUAUGCCCCCAAUGGCUGACGGCGGCUGUCAGCGUGGCUUAUAUGGACGGUCAGAGAGCCCAUAUAAUCAGAAAUAUAUGCCCACUGCUUAUGCGUCUGGCUCCUCAUAUGGUUGUGGUGUGUCUACCGCCGCAAGCCUGGCUGCCUUUGGCUUCGCCGGAGAAUCCGUCACUUCUGGUCGCUCGCCAGCAUCCAACAAUGCACUGGUCGCCUAUGCCCCCUCGCGCAGUGUCGUUCCUCACACGAGGACUAUGGACGAUCUGUUUCACGUUCUAAACGUUGUCGUCGCUGAUGAUGAUACUGCCGGCGACGCUGAUUUCUGGCGCUCGCAACCGUAUGUAUCACUCCCGAGGGUUAGUGAGAUACGACGGGUAGACUAUUUCACGUUGGCCAACCCAGAUGCCCUUCGAAACAAGCGACUAGCUGUCCCUCGAUGUUUCAUUGGAGUUGAAGGUGCCAAGCCGGAAAACGCAUGUUCUGCGGGCGUCCGGGCGCUCUGGGAGAGAGCGCGCGCAGACAUUGAGAAGCUAGGCGCCACCAUCAUUGAGACUGAUUUCCCGCUCUUUGAGAACUACACCAAACAGGAAUUUCCUGGUCAGAGCAUGAAUGUUCCCAAUUUACCUCAGGAAUGGCCGGCACGCGAGCGGUGUGAGAUGAUUGCCUUGAGUUGGAACAACUUCCUCCGCAGCAAUGGCGAUAAAGAUAUACCAGACUUCACAUCUGUCGAGCUUGACAAGAUUCAUCCUCACAUUGCCCCAAUGGAUGACCCAUCGCAGCAUACCGAGUCCCAGAAUCAGGUCCGCUACGAGGAUAUGGUUGCUGCGGUCAAGAGCCGGGGAGACAGCAGCCUCGCCGACCUGCCUGGAUGUCAGGAUGCGCUGCAGGCCUUGGAGUUCAUGCGGAAGAAGGACUUGGAGGACUGGAUGGUCGAGAACAAGUAUGAUGCUGUGGUGUUUCCGACCAAUGGCGAUAUCGCGUUGGCGGAUUCGGAUGAAAACUACCAGUCGAUGAUUUCUGCGCUACGCGACGGAGUCAAGUAUGCUAAUGGUGGCCGAUCGCUGAAGCAUCUUGGGGUUCCUUGUAUAACCGUGCCUAUGGGAAAUCUUGUCGAGGAGAAGAUGCCUGUUGGACUCUCUUUCUGCGGCAGAGCGUACGACGAGUCCAACCUAUUGAGCUAUGCCUUUGCCUAUGAGGGAGCCACGAAACGUCGGGAGAUUCCACCUCUGGCGCCUUUACUGCCUUCAGAUGAAAUUACAGUCACUGACUCCAGUCCUCCAUCUCCCGCUAUCAUAACGCCAACUUUAGACAUAGCAUUGAUUACAGCUGUGAGCGAGGAUUCCCCUGACUUGGAUGUUCGCGUGGUCAAUGCAACAGGAACCUGUCACUUGGCAAGCUCAACUGAGGCUUCAGUCGGCUUGGAAGUCUUUGCCAAUGGUGAGACAACAUCACCUGUGAGUUGGGUGGGAAACAACUGGGUAUGGACGGCUCGCCUCACUCGACCUAAGCGUGACGACAGGUACCCGGCUCUGGCGAAGGUCCCAAGGGAUCAGUUUCUUAUUGUGUUUGUUGCAAAGGCAGAUAAUGGACGCUCUUCUGGUUCUUUUAUCUUGCUUGACUAAAUAGAAAUUAUCUAAGACCUUUAAGACGCAGUAAGAAAUAGAGCAAUUAUGAGACUAUAGAGAUAACUCUUCAAGC